UUGCUUUCAGUCAUCCCGUGGCGCGCGCUAGUCGACAACCACGCGCUCGAAAAUCGGUCGCGCGCACCUAUCGAAACGCAAUCGAAUCGAAAUCGUCGCUUCCGAAUACGCUCGUUCGUCAUUAACCGUCGAUGAAAAAAGUAUAACGCGAACAAUCCAGUUACGUGCACAUAAUAUAGGAGGACACGAUGCGUGGAAGUCGUCGAACUAUUCUACUUCUAUGCGUCGCGAGCAAUUGUUUGGUGACGAUUCUAUGUUCGCCAACGACGAGGAUGACGAAGUUAGGGGACGCAUGUAACAGAGACGAGGACUGCGAUGCGAGCAUCGUUGGUGGUCAAUGUCGUCUCGGCUAUUGCAGCUGCCCGCCAUACUUUGCCAAGUAUAAUUCGACGCGCUGCGUCGAGGCUACGUUGCUAGGCCAAGAGUGUUUCGUCGAGGAGCAAUGCUCAUUGAAAGUAGCCAACAGCGGAUGUUUCGACGGUUUCUGCGGGUGCAAAGACGGAUUUCUUCAGUUUCGUCGGCAUACGUGCCUAGGGCCGGCAAAAUUAGGCGAAGUCUGUUACGAGCACGCCCAUUGCAGACUCUGGCAGAAGAAUUCUCAUUGCGACUUUUUGAUUCCUGAUUUGUUUGGUCGGUGUCAGUGCACCGCGCCGAUGCGCCGCGAGAACGACAUCUGCCGUUUGGAUGAUCUCGUUAGACCUCCGCCCCUCUUCGAUCCGAAUAUGGAUGUCUCGAGUUCGACGGAAACGGCAUCGGUAAUGGACGAAAUUGACGAAAUCGAUGACGACGACGAUCAUGUGUCAACACCUGAGGAUCAACAAGAGGAUACAGGCGUUGAAAUUUCUUGGUUGAAAAAUGACACGAUUCCCGCGACGACGCUCGCUCCACCUAUCCUGAUUCCAGUAAACCUGGUCACCGGGCCCGGCAUGGACGACUCAACGAGUAAUCCAUCCAUACCGAUCGAGAACGCUGACGAUGACGAUUCUAUCGUUGUCGACGCAAUUACGGACUUCCCAAUACCGCUGAGCACGGUUUCCGAUUCCACAUUAGGUCCUUUAAAAACAGAUCGACACGAGCCAAACGCGGCAGUGGCCGUCAGCUUGGGACUCGACUGCGCCUCUGAUCUAGAAUGCAGAAUGGCGGAUCCGUACUCCAGGUGCAUAGAUGGUAUCUGCGACUGUGGCUUUCAAGGAAACGCUAGUUGCAGCGCGCGACGCAGAGGGUGCGCUGCCGGUACCUUUCAGUGCAAAAACUCCGGAGUCUGCAUCAGCUGGUUCUUCGUCUGCGACGGCCGAGCAGAUUGCACCGACGGAUCUGACGAAAGGUGCACCGAGCUUGAUCCAGAAUGCCCAAAGGAGGCGUUCCGUUGCGAGAAGAGCAGAAUAUGCGUGUCGAGGGCGGCGCUGUGCGACGGAAGUCGCGAUUGUCCUCAUGGCGAGGAUGAGAUAGGCUGCAAUAACAGGCGGAAGUGUCCUGAAGGUGCGUUUAGAUGCAACAACGGUCAGUGUCUACCAGCGUACGAAUUUUGUAACGCAGUUGUGUCCUGUCGAGACGGAAGCGACGAACCGAGGGGCGCGUGUCGGACACGAAAUCGAGGAAGAAUUUCUGCGCGGCAGUGUCCGUUUAGGUGCGACAACGGCAGAUGUCGCUCGGACGCUAUUGCUUGCAGUGGUCGCGAUGGCUGUGGGGAUGGUUCCGACGAGAAGCACUGUUCUGUCUGCAAAUGUUCGGCGUUUCCUUAACCCACACUGGGAAUGACUAUCGGAAAAAGGAAUCGUCCCGCCGACGCGUUUAUUCGUGCUCGUCCACAGAGUCCGGAACGGAGGAUUCGGAAACAAUGGGACGUCGACAGCUGCACCACCUUGAACAGUGCAUCAACCAAAGACGCUUCGAGGACAAGGAUCAACGUCGAGAUGGAUUUGUCUCGGAAGCAGCCAACGAUUUGCUCGCUACCGUUGCGUUCUCUUCUCCGUUGUUCCCAUCGAUGCAUUUUUACAAUAAAAACCUUUAAACUGACCCAAACAGUCCUGACCCUUUUUCUGCUAAAAAACUUCAAAAUUUAUAAACGACGAUUCCUCUUUAAACUGGAAAACCACAUUAGAAGGCCAAAUAUUAAGAGUUUUUACGGAUUUUUUUUCACAUAGAAAAAUUUUCUUCAUUUUUGUUCAACUUUCGGUAUAUUUUAGGUAUGUUUUAAAGUACAUUGUGUAAUUGUUGCAAUUCAUUUCAUACAGAAACCUUUGAGAUAUCAGGCGUUCUCUAUAGCAAGGUGGAAAUUCUGGACAUCACAAUUUUUAUUCGAAAUCAAUUCUUUUUAUUAUUAACGUGUUUUUAAAGAAUAUGACUAUACUGUGACAAAAGAA